AUGUCUCCGGCGAGAGCUCAGUUUUUCACUCCCAGGGAGGUGUCCUGUCACUGCACUACCGCCGACCUGUGGGUGUCCUACCUGGGACGGGUGUAUGACCUCACCCCACUGGCUCCCCACUACAAAGGUGACAUUUUGUUGAAACCAAUUAUUGAAGCUGCAGGGAAGGAUAUCGGCCAUUGGUUCAAUCCCAAGACAGGCGAUAUCAAGACCUCCAUAGAUCCACAAACUGGCUGCUUGAGAUACUCUACGCCUCAGGGGCUUUUUCUGCAUAUAUCCCCUUCCUACCCCUGUUCAGAUUGGGACACAGACUUUGGACACUCCUGGUGGUGCGAUGAAAUCGGAAUCUUGUCUGCCAAAACCCGGACCAUACGUAUCAUUAACACGCUGACAUCUCAGGAGCAUACCCUGGAGGUCUGUUCUGAGGAAACUAUAUGGGAGAUUCUGCGCCGCUAUUUGCCAUACAUUGCCCAUGCCGCCAGUUACACGUGGAAGUAUUGCGGCGUUCCUCUGAACAUGGAUCUGACAGAGGAAAAUGGUGUGAAAGAUGAUGAUGAAUUUGAGGAGCUGAAGUUAGAUUCAGACCUGUGUACAGCCAGCAUACACUUAUAUUUCAAUGAUGACUUGACAGAACUUUAAAUAGCAAGACAUCAACCCCCCCCCCCCCCCCCUCUUUACAACUACAUCCUUAUUUCAUAAGGUUUUCUAAAAUAUAGUGCCAGUUUUAUAUUUUCUUAGGCCAAGAGACAAAGUAAAUUGCUGUUUAUUCUUUUUAGUUGUGCAGAGUAGCCAAUCAAAUUGCAGAUCCUUUGAUGCCAAAAAACAAUCGCAGUGCAGCUAUCCUACAACAUUUUAGCCAGUCGCCAAGCCAGGUAUAUUGCUGUUUUGGAGGGGUUUUCCCACAAUGAUUGGAAGGCUCAGUCCGUCUAAUAACCUAAUUGUUUCUAGAGUAGAGUUAAAGUCCAACUCCAGCUUCUACACCCCCCCCCCCCCAAAAACUUUACUGGAUAUACUUGUAACCUGUAACGGUCAGGGGUUAACGCCGUUUACGAUAUUUCAUUCCACCAACCCACGACGGCUUAUCCGACACUCCACAAUCCAGCAGACACGAUCCAUACGGAUUUUCCCAGAAAACGGAGACAGAAGCUCUGUUCUCUGGUUCCAAACAGAAUGGACUACAAUAAACUCGGCUCUUCU